ACUCGGAGAGCUAUGAAGCUAUGUUACGCACUUGGUUCAGAAUGAACGUUUCUACGCCCUGUUGUCUCUUCGAUUCCCCUCUCUGUGGUUCAUCGUCUUCUUGUUCGCCAAUUUCUUCUUCUUCUUCUUCUUCUUCUUCUUCUUGUCCGUCGAAGCAUUUUAAACGUCUCCCUAUGGCAACAUCUGUCCGAGUUGCAGUCGUUGGCGACGUUCAUGAUGAUUGGCACCUCCAAGAAGAUGAAAAGGCACUUCAAUUUUUGAAGCCCGAUUUGGUACUUUUCACAGGUGAUUUUGGUAAUGAAAAUGUGGAACUUGUAAGAAGCGUUGUAGAACUUAAAAUUGCAAAGGCAGUUAUUCUGGGAAACCAUGAUGCGUGGAAUACACAACAGUUUUCAGAAAAGAGGAAAGAUCAUGUUCAACUUCAGUUAGAAUGUCUCAGCGGGGAGCAUGUAGGUUAUCGCCGUCUCGACUUUCCCACAUUAAAACUGAGUGUUGUGGGUGGGCGCCCAUUCUCUUGUGGAGGUGAUAGAUUGUUCCGGAAAAAGCUUUUGUCUGCAAGAUACGGAGUCAAUGACAUGGACACAAGUGCAAAGAAGAUUUAUAGAGCUGCCUCUGGAACACCAGAGGGCCAUGCCAUUAUAUUUCUUGCACACAAUGGACCUACAGGUCUAGGAUCCAAGAUAAAUGACAUUUGUGGAAGAGACUGGGUAUUUGAAGGUGGCGACCACGGGGAUCCUGAUCUGGCACAAGCGUUAUCUGAGUUGAAAGAAACUACCCAAUUCUCUAUUCCGUUGGUUGUGUUCGGCCAUAUGCAUAAAGAGUUGGCAUAUCAAAAUGGUCUUAGAAAGAUGAUUGUGGUUGGGGCUGACAACCCUAUUUACCUUAAUGGAGCUAUUGUACCAAGGGUGAAAAGAUUGAUUGGUGAACAAGGACAUAGUAGCAACUCCAUGACAGAUGAUGAGAUGUCUCUUCCUGAACCUGAUUCUGAAGGAACAGUGCGGGCUUUCACUUUAGUUGAUAUUUUGGAUGGGAAGUUGGAGAAGAUAGCUGAGACUUGGGUUUCGGUGAUUGGAGAUAAGACGGCUGUAGAAGAGGAGCAUGUACUUUUUAAUCGUGGUGCUUAGGCUCCUGAAUCCAAUUUCCAGUCUCAACAUACCGUAUACUUGGUUUCGUAGUUGUCAAGUCUCUUGUAAAUUACUGUAAUUAUGAUAUUGAAGAAAUAUUCACACUGAUAUGUCAAACUGAUCUGUAAAAUAAUGUUUCAAUCCCUUUAUGGGUAUGUUUUAUCUGGUAAAAUAAACGUAUUGUGGCAAA